UCCUUUAAAUGAGAGCCAGCUGCCUGGGCCUCCGCUCUUACUCGCGAGCAGUACCUGCAGUGGAGGACCGUCCCCAGGAGCAGCAGCCUGUCAGCAUGGCUCAGGAGUUCGUGAACUGCAACAUCCAGCCUGGGAAGGUGGUGGUGUUCAUCAAGCCCACCUGCCCCUACUGCCUACAGGUCCAAGAGCUCCUCAGACAGUUCUCCUUUAAAGAAGGGGCUUUGAAGUUUGUUGACAUCACAGCCACCAAGGACACAGACAAGAUUCAAGAUUAUUUGCAACAGCUCACAGGAGCCAGAACGGUACCUCGAGUCUUUAUUGGUAAAGAGUGUAUAGGUGGAUGCACUGAUCUAAUAAAUAUGCAUGAAAAAGGGGAACUGUUGGUGCGCCUAAAGCAAAUUGGAGCUCUACAGUAAUUACAGAGCAGACCACAGGCUGCUAUCUCCCUUGAGAGCUGGAUGACAUUGCGAAUGAUGGCGGCGCUUCCUGGUGGAUGGAUGUGGGGCUACCUUUACGCAGCUACAGCAACUGUUUACUUAAUAUUCUGAUCUAUCUAAACCAAAAAAUGGGUGGGAGGAGUUCUCGGCAAAAACAGGCUUUUCUUCUCUUGACUCUAUUAAAAGUGGACCUACUUGCCUCAAACCACAGGUCUGAGAAGGUUGAUGGACAUCUUGGGUUUCUUCCAGAUUGGCCCUUGGGUUCCAAUAGACCCUGACAAGUUAUGGCUCAGGAUUUCCUCAAUGACCCCCAAAAUUCUCUUUUUCACGUGGUUCUUUCUAACUGUUCUUCAUGUGCCAGGACUCCUCUAUAUCUUAAGCCAGUGUUUCCCAACCUAGUUUAUCCCAGGCCCCCUACGAUGAAUUGAUAGUUAAUUUUAUGCUACUGACUAAAAAUUUUGUUAAAUUUGAAUUUAUAGAGGUUGUAUUAUGAAAUCAAUAGGUAUUUUGAAUGUGCUUUUUCAAACUACCUGUGUCUCCCCCCAUCCUAUCUUGAGAAUCAUUGCUCUAAAGCAGUGUUUUUAACCUUGGAAACACACAUAGCUCAUAGGAAAUGCUCAACAGUUCUGGGAAGGGCCUGAGGAUCGAAUUUGAGAAACACCACAUGAAAAGUUAAGCACAGUGGGCCUUGACUUGGUGCUAUAGGGCUCAGAGGUGCACGAGCAGAUGCUGUGAUCAUGUGGCAACACUGUUAAGGGAGAUGAUCGUCCAGGUACACCUGAACAAGGGUGUAUUGAUUUGUUUAGAUUAUGAACAAAAGUUAAACACAAAUUCAAAACAUUAUCAUAAAAAACUUGCAACCCCCUCCCUCAAGAAUGUCUGUGAAAGUAGCCGAAUUUGAGAAACACUGUCUUAAAUGAUUUUCUCUCCUUUUAUCCCUCACUCUACGAAAGCUCAAGAACCCCUCAUUAUGAAGUUUGUUCUAGAAUUGCAAGAUUAAGUUAAUUUCCUUUUGCAGUCUCUAGUGUGAAAGGUUAAUUUCUUCUGUAAUAAAGAAGCAAUCCUAGAUGACGGUGAUUUUUUUGGUUCGACUCUUUUCUAUGCUCUCAGGUCCUUAAGAAAUGAUCUGAAUGUGAACACAUCAAUUUGAAGCUCUAUCCAUGUUUGUCCCCUGCCAUUAUGAAUAAAGGCACAUGCUAUUGCCCUUCACUGAGAACAAA